CGGGGGGGGAAGCCGAGAAAGGGAAAGUUAAUAGGUAAGUAAGUGAGUGAGCAGUGAGCAAGCAAAGGGGAGUUGAGCGAGUGGGUGAAGAAGAGGAAAAGGAAGGAAGAGGAGAGGAAGGGAAUUUUAGGGAGGAAACCUUUAAAAAAAAUGGUAGCAAAGGCAGACGGCAAGACGGCCCCGGCCAUCUCGCUGGUGGCCGGCGGUAUCGCGGGCGGCAUCGAGGCCGCGUGCACGUACCCCUUCGAGUUCGCGAAGACCCGCGUCCAGCUGUACGGGCACGAGGGCGUCAGGAAUCCGUUCUACGUCGUGGCGAAAGUCGCGAAGGAGGAAGGCGUGCGCGCGCUGUAUAAGGGGUGCUCGACUAUGAUUGUGGGCUCCAUCGGCAAAGACGCCGUGCGCUUCGUCGUCUUCGACUACAUCCGCUCCCUCUUCACGCCGGACCCCCACACCCAGCGCCUCGGCACCCUCCAAUCCAUCUUCUCCGGCAUGCUAACCGGCAUCGUGGCCUCCACCGCCGUCGUGACCCCCUCCGAGCGCCUCAAGACGGCCCUCAUCGACGACGCGCGCACGGGCCGCCGCUUCCGCUCGCCCCUGCACUGCCUCGCCCUGCUGGCGCGCGAGCAGGGGCCGCGGCGCGCGCUGUACAGCGGGUACGUCGCCACGACCCUGAAGCAGAUCGGCACGACGGGGUUCCGGCUGGGCUCGUACGCGGCGCUGAAGGACUGGGAGCGCGCCUCGGGGCUCGUGGCGGACGUCGACGGCGCGGCCGCCAGCUUCGGCAACGGCGCCCUGGCGGGCACGCUGACCACGCUCGCCACCCAGCCGUUCGACACCGUGAAGACGAAGGCGCAGCAGGCGCGCGCCGUCGGCACGCGGGAGUGCGUGCGCGCCAUCCUGGCCGAGGACGGGGUCAGGGGGUUCUGGAGGGGCACGGUCAUGCGGCUGGGGAGGACGGUGAUGGCCGGGGGGAUCCUGUUCAUGGCGAAUGAGCAGGCGGUUAAGGUGUUGAAGACGGUCUUUGCUUGAAUACCUACCUACCUACCUAGGGAUGUGUCACAUGUUUUGUCUUGUGUAUAGGUACCUACCUUGCCUGCGUUGUAUAUCAGUCAUAGACUUGUUAUAUACCUAGAUAUGAGAGAGAGAAAGAGCUGGUGUUAGGUACGUUUACCAGAAGGAAAUGUUAGAGCAAAAUGAGGACUGCACAUAUUACGACAGGAUGAUAUUAGUAGAUACCUUAGAAUGAACACAAUAAUGCAAUAUCC